UGUUUUCCACAUCCAGCUGUUGAGAAAAUGGCCGCCACAGCGCUGGCAGGGUCAGCGGGCGACGGGCACAUGAUGGAGGCGAAGAAGUUCGAGUAUUUCUCCUCCAUCAACUCCAUGGCGAGGAAGAUCAUGCAGGAGAGGGAGAAGAUAAAGGAACAGUUCGGCUCGGCCUGGGAAGAAAUGAGUCCGGCGGAGCAGGACUCGGCGAUAGACGACGGCAUGAUGGACCCGAAAAUCCGGGCUCGGUACGCCAUGCACAGAGUGGACCGAGACGAGAUGGUCUGUUACCCCAAACUGCUCAUCCAGACGGGCCAGAAGAUCGUCCACUUCGGAGAGGAGGAUUUAACUUGGCAGGACGAGCAUUCAGCACCCUUCUCCUGGGAGACCAAAAGUCAGAUGGAGUUCAGCGUGAUCUCAGGCGCUCCAGAGAUGGUCAUUUCGUCCUCUGCGCCCGAAUCUAAGCCAAAGACGUCGCAGAGCGGCCGGCGGGAGGAGGAAUCCUCCUUCUGGAAGAUCAGCGCCGAGCGCUCCAGGCUGGAGGGGGAGAAGGCCGAUUUCCAGUCUCUGACCCCGAGUCAGAUAAAGUCUCUGGAGAAAGGUGAGAAGCCCCUCCCCUCGUACCUGCGACUGGACAGCGGGGGAGAGGAGCUUCAGGCACCUCGGCCGGUGAAGCAGAGGGCACCCAAACCCCCGGCCCCACCCCCACCUCCGCCCGCUCCCAUCAGUGUCACACCAGCCACUCUGAAUGUCGCUCCUGCCCCUCCGGCGCCGGUCGGAGGCUGGGAGAGAGCCCAGAGCACUCUGCCCUCAGCCAGCAGCCCAGUCGACGACGUGUUCAGCCCCGGACUGGCCACCAAGACUCCGCCUCAAGCAAUCGCAGCUAAAGACAGCGAGAAAGUGGACGGGUCGCCGGCCGCCAGCCCGACCUUCUCACAGUUCAACACAAGCAAUACCAUCCUGAAGACCGGCUUUGACUUCUUGGACAACUGGUAACACCAGAGCGUGACCUCGAGCAGCAGAUCCAUUCCCGAGAUAAAGGACCUACAACCUUCACACUCACCACACCACAGAGCAGUUACAGCUGAACUCAUUUUUAGAUCCUUAUCAAAGCUACAGUCAGUAUGUGCAUGUUAAAAUAGGUCAACUCGGGGUACAAACGGGAUAUUUAAAGUUCCUCAGUGAGUAACGUCUAAAACGUUCUCUGUGACCUUUAUUUUUUCCGUUUAAAAUGAAAAAGAGGAACCGUGACUGUGUUUUGACUAUAUUAACCUUUCAACCUCCAGAUGAAGGACUGUUUUCCUGAAACAUACUGACUGUAGACUUAAAAAACACUAGUAACUCGCUCUCUGUUUAAGCUCAGAUCCAGACCAUAGCCCCUUACUCUAAACUCGGGCUGCACGAUACACAACAUUAUAUCACAGUUAUAUUGCUACAAAUUGCAAUAUGUUGAAAUGAUGUAUGUAUUUAUUUUGACCAAAAUUAUUUACAUUUACCAAAUCAUAUGAACAGCUUGGUUUAUUAAAACAAAUGGAAUAUACCAACAUGUAAUGUAGUUUUCUGCAAGUUUGCAUAUUGCAGCAUAGUGCUGGGCGAUAUAGUGUUCAUAUUAGUUAUGGUGCCACACAUCAAUAUUGAAUUUUUGCUUUUAGCUGAUGGUGAAAAAAAACAUAUUUAACCCUAAAGAAAGUAACAUAUAGGCUCUCACACUCGUUCAUAUAGCUUGUGGAUUACUACAGUGGAGGCACUGGAGCUCCACUUUGCUGUUGCUUUUGUUAGUUUGCUGCUCAUUGAUUUAGUCAUACGUCACCCAGUGUGGUCUGCAGAAGGCCAUUUAAAAGCUGUAUUUGAACGAGAGGUCUACAAUCGUGGAUUCUGUCGUAGCUACACAUCUCACUGCAGCUGGGUUUCAGCCUGGACUGAUUGGUUUCAAGGGUCUAAUCAAGAAAUUGCAUUAAAAAAUAGUGGCUUUAAUAAUUGAUCACGUUGUUGAUGUGUUAACUUUGACAGCCCUAAUAAAAACCAUAUAGAUAA